GAAAAAAUGACACAGAUUUCCACAAGGGAUGGAAGAGAAAAUGCCACGCGAAAUCAAAGCCCAUUGGCUAGAAUUAACCCAUCAACCAAAAGCCACAGUAACUUGUAUGCUAGAUACUUUCUACAUGGCUCUGACUAUAAAUGUCAUAAAGCCAAACCUCAUCAGCAAUGUUCUAAAAAGCAAUCACUUAAGAAUAUUUAGAAGAAGAAAAGAAGAAAAAAAAACUAUAAGAAAAACAACUUACAAAUUGGAAUUUAACAAAAUUAUGGAAGGAGAAGAAUAUUCAGCAUCACCACCACCGCCACCAGCUGCUACCAAAAUUGAGUCUUUAGCUUGCCCAGAGGUGCUUCAAAAUCCAAGGAAGAAGAAGAAGAACAAGAGGAGGUUUAGUGAAGAACAAAUAAGGUCACUGGAGUCUAUGUUUGAGUCAGAGACGAAGCUUGAACCGAGGAAGAAGGUGCAGCUGGCUAGAGAGCUAGGGCUGCAGCCUCGGCAGAUAGCUAUAUGGUUUCAGAACAGAAGAGCUAGAUGGAAGUCAAAACAAAUAGAGCAAAACUACAGAGUACUCAAAGCCAAUUAUGACAGCCUACUUUCUCGGUUUGAGUCCUUGAAGAAAGAGAAACAAUCCUUGCUCAAACAGUUGAAGAUGUUAGGUGAUCUGCUGGAAAAAACACAUGACCAGGGCAGCAAAAGCAAGGAUUUGGGAGGAAAUAGCACAUCCGGUGACUCUGAUAGUGGAGAGCCAAGUUGCUUGAAAAAAGGUUCAGACCGUGGAGCUGUAGCAGAUUCAGAUGGUGAUGAGGGAGGAAGUGGCAAGAACAUUCAGCAAGAAGCAACAGAGAACAUGGGUGGCCAAGUAGAUGGUUCCUUAGCAUUGCCUGAAAAGUCAUGCAAUUUUGAGUCCAGUAGUCUUUUUGAUGGCAAUUCAACCUGGUGGGACUUCUGGACUUAAAAAAUGCACUUCACCUUCCUGAAUGAUAGAAGUGCUGUACAAAAAUUGAAGACCGGUUUCUUAUGUAGGAUGAGUCGUUCAAAGAGAUCGAGAGGAAAGAAUGGAUAGAAAAGUAGACUACUCCAUCGAUGACAGAAACAACAAUCAAAGAUUUCAACUAGAGCUAAACAUGUGACAGACAAUGCAAAUUCAUUGACAACAGUUCAAAGAAAGCAACAGAAAGUGAUGAGAGAGCAUGUUUGGGAGAAUAUGCAAAGAAGCAGCAUCAAUUAUGCCAGUGCGUCCACAAGACUGAGAAUAUGCAAAAAAGCAGCAUCAAUUAUGCCAGCCUAUGCAUGUCCAUGGUGUGCACAAGAGCAUGGGUUUGUACAAAUAUUUCAAGGCCUGUAAAUAAUUGUGUGAAACUUUAAGUAGUCCAAAUGAUAAUAGUUUUUCCUGGAAACUAGGAAUUGAGCUCUGUAUGGUUUACUUU